AUGACUAAUUUUUGUGAGGCUUUAACUCUUUUAGAAUAUAAUAGAGAAAAGGGCCCCGUAGUUAUUGAAGUUCAUCCUCAAAACUAUGAAUUUAAUAAAGAAAAAGAGUCAAUAUUUAUUUGUUCUUUUCCAGAACAGACAGAAAAGAACAUUAUAUUUAGUUUUACCGUUAAAAAGUUUCUUUGCUAUAUCUGGUCAUUCGUUUUAAACGAAAAGAUAUACUCAAUCACAAUUUUAUCAAGAGUUACUAUGCCAUCCUUCUAUUUAGAUUUCUUAAAGCAAUGCCAAGACAAAUUUAAGGAAUUAGAACCUAGCGUUCGAUUUAAAUUCAUCAAAGACUUAAUAUUUAAAUGGGAUUAUACUAAAAACUUUCAAACUAUAAAAUUCUCUUUUCCAAAUAAAGAUUUCGAAGUACAAACAUCAGAUUUAAGAUUACCAUUUUGCAAUUUUGAUCCUACAGUUAAUAUUGGAAAAGAUACUAUUUUAUUACGCAUUUGGAAAGCAUUAAUCACAAAUCAAAGCAUUCUUUUUAUAGGCAAUAAUCCUACUCAGCUAUCAAAUGCUGUUUUUUCGGCAUUAUCAAUGAUAACUCCUUUUAAAUUUAUUGAUUAUUAUAUUAUUUUUACCAGACUCGGCGAUCCACGAUUUGCAGAUGUUAUUAAUGGAAGUAAACGAUGGAGAAUUGUUGGAACCACCAAUAGUUUAGCUUCCGAAAGGUGUUCUCAGUUUCAGGUUGUUAUUAAGCUAUCAGAUAAGCCUAAUCCAUCAAACCAAGAUACUCUGAACUUUGUUCGGAAAAGGUCGAAUAAGCUUGCUGAAAAAAGUGAAAUGCAUUUAAAUUAUAUGCUCGAAAGUGAUCCAUAUAGUGACAUACUAAAUCAUUUUGAUAUGAAUAAGGACUUUGCUCGCUGUAUCCGUCGGAUCGAUUUGUCAGAGAAUGAAUACACUAAUUUUGCACAUUCUUCCAUGUUUUGGGAGUGGCGGCGGCCAUUAAUCUAUAGAGAAAGUUUUAGAGAAGCAAUUCUUUCUUUUAUUCCUGAUGAUGUUGUUUCCAAACACUCAAAUGACGAUCUUGCAAUUGUUGAAAAAUCCCUUGCAGGGUACUAUGACCAUAUUAGAGGUGAUGAUCAUUUAAAAGCUGUAUUAGCUUUACAUUUGAAACUAAUCCGAAAAAGAAUUCAUCAACAAAAAUAA